GAUUAGAGCGAGAACCUCCUGUCAAAUCAGUAUUCUGGGCAUUGUUUGGGGCAAUUUACUUGUGUUUUGGCCUGCCAGAAGUGUAUCGGGUUCUGUUCGAAGUGUUUGGAUUGGAUCCUGAGGCUGAAGAGUGCCAACCUAGACUAAGGAGACAACUCGAGGAUGUGGAUUAUGCUUCUCUAGAAUUUGAAGGUAACAAACUGAGCUGGCAAGAUGUUGCUACAUACAAGCCUCCAGAAGAUGCACUUUUUCAUCACCCAAGGCUAUUCAGGGCAUGUGUUCCACCUGGCAUGCAUCGAUUUCGUGGAAACAUAUGGGAUUAUGAUUGUAGACCUCAAGUCAUGCAAAAACUUGGUUAUCCAUUGGCAAUGGCAGAUAAAAUACCAGAGAUAACUGAGGCCAGAAACAUAGAACUUGGACUUGGUUUGCAGCUUUCAUUCUUGCACCCCUCAAAGUACAAGUUUGAACAUCCACGCUUUUGCUUUGAGCGACUGGAAUAUCUGGGUCAAAAAAUCCAGGAUCUUGUUAUGGCAGAGAGGUUGCUUAUGAAGCAUCUGGACGCCCCUGGAAGAUGGUUGGCUGAGAGACAUCGGCGUAUCUUGAUGAACAAGUUCUGUGGGAGGUAUUUGCGGGAAAAGUUUCUGCACCGUUUUAUCAUAUACAGUGAGCAGGUGCAGGAUGCAUAUGAGCAAAAUCGCAGGUUGAGAAAUCCAGCCACAUCUUCUGUUCAACAAGCUAUUCAUGGUCUGUCAUAUGCUGUGUAUGGGAAACCAGAUGUGAGACGCCUCAUGUUUGAGGUUUUUGACUUUGAGCAAAUCCAACCCAAGGCAGUGGUAAGGUAGUAGAGUCGUUGUCAUUUGUUAUAUCCUCGACUGAAGAUUUCAGAGUAGAAGUCAAUGGCUGAUCGGGGUUGCCACAUUCACUAGAAGUCUAGAAGAAAGCUUAGGAAGGGCGAACACUUCACUUUCUUCUACCUUUUUCUCCUGUUUGUCCCCAACAGUGAUUUGUACCUUAGAGUUUGCAGCAGAUUAUAAAAAUGUACAAAAUUUCCCUGAUUAUACUGUUAAGAUGUACAUCUACUGCAACUGGGUUACUUGGAUGUAUAAGAUGAGUCACAUUUUUCUUGGAUUUAGAACUCAGCUUCUAAUAGUUAGAGCAAGAGGCUAUGUGUUUGGGGUAAAGACUAAAGACCCAGUUUGGUGUCCAUAAUCGUCAAUUGCCAUUGGUUUAUCAUACGGAUUAUGGAGAAUUAUUUUGCUUAUCAG